CUGAAUUGAAGCAGCCAGGUGAUGCUUUUGCUGCAGGACAAGGGAGGUCAGAAGGUUCCCGGGGAGGCUCUGAGCAGGGAGAAGAUUUGGGUGGAAUAGGCUGGAUGGUGUUGCUAUUCCUGGAGAGGAUCCCUGGGCAGGUUGCUCAGCGGGGAUAGGAUUCCUGGUGAAGGAACUCUCAGGAAAGGUGGUGCAGGAGGGACAGCCGGUGGGAAUGGUCCUGGCGUAAAAGUAUUGCUAUUUUCGCUGUCAAUCUGUGAGCUGAUCAAGCUGCUUGGUGAACUGGAGAAACUGUGUCUGACUGGUGCUCCUUGCGGGUUCAGAUGCCUGUUUGAAGAUGUAUUGAAUGUGAAUUAACUUCUUUUGGUAUAAGCCCACUUAUUUUCUGGAGUGAAUACAAUGAUACCUUUUAUGACAUCUGAGCGCUUCUGCAGUAAUAAAACCUACCCUAUGGGAUGGUUAAUGUUUGACUGAAGGUUGAAGGGAGAGGCUCGGGAAACAGAACAGUGCAGAAGGAGUGUUCUCCAGGGAGAUUCUCAAGCCCCAGCAAGAGUUUCAACAGCUGAAUAGAAGAAAAUAACUUUUAACAGCCAUUUUGUUAUUUACUUACGGAAAGAAGUUUCAAUACAGAAAACUGCAAUGAUGCAAGCCCAACUCCAUUGCUUGUGUCUCCUUACACUUUAUUUGACAACUGGAUAUGGCCAAGAGAGGAAGUUUAGUGGACCCCUGAAACCUAUGACAUUUUCUAUUUUUGAAGGCCAAGCACCAAGUCAAGUCAUAUUCCAGUUUAAAGCCAAUCCUCCUGCUGUGACUUUCAAACUUACUGGAGAGACAGAUGGCAUAUUUCAGAUACAACCAGACGGACUCUUGUAUCAUAACAAAGCCCUGGAUAGAGAAACAAGAGCUGUUCACAAACUCCAGGUCUCAGCCCUGAAUGCUAAUGGAGCUGUAGUGGAGGGCCCAGUUCCCAUCACCAUAGAAGUGAAGGACAUCAAUGACAAUCGACCCACAUUUCUCCAGCAAAAGUAUGAAGGCUCAGUAAGACAGAAUUCUCGCCCAGGAAAGCCUUUCAUGUAUGUAAAUGCUACAGACCUGGAUGACCCAACUACUCCCAAUGGUCAGCUUUUUUAUGAAAUUAUCAUCCAGCUUCCCAAGAUCAAUAACGCCAUGUACUUUCAGAUCAACAACAAAACAGGGGCAAUUUCCCUUACUCGAGAAGGAGCUCAGGAAUUGGAUCCUGUUAAGAAUCCUUCCUACAGUCUGGUGGUCUCAGUGAAGGACAUGGGAGGCCAGACUGAUCAUUCCUUCAGUGACAGCACAUCUGUGAAUAUUAUGGUGAAGGAGAAUAUUUGGAAAGCACCAGACCCUGUGGAGAUUGUAGAAAACUCAACUGAUCCUCAUCCCGUCAAAAUCACUCAGGUGCAGUGGAAUGAGCCAGGUGCACAGUACCUCCUGCCUGAGAAGGAAAGGAUGCCAACUUUUCCAUUUUCAAUUGACCAGGAAGGAGGUAUUUAUGUGACUCGGCCCUUGGACCGUGAAGAAAAAGAUUCGUAUGUUUUUUAUGCUGUGGCAAAGGAUGAGAUUGGAACUAUACUUGCCUUACCAUUGGAAAUUCGUGUGAAAGUUAAAGACAUUAAUGAUAAUCCACCUACAUGUCCAUCUGCGGUGACUGUAUUUGAGGUCCAGGAGAAUGAAAAUAUAGGUAGCAAUAUUGGGACUUUUAUUGCCCAUGACAUUGAUGAAGAAAAUACUGCCAACAGUGUUUUAAUGUACAAAAUUGUGGAUCAAAUUCCAAAAAUUCCCAAGGAAGGACUCUUCCUGAUCCAAUCCUACUUGGGAGUGGUCCAGUUAGCUGGGCAGUCCUUGAAGAAGCAAGACACUCCACAGUACAACUUGACAAUAGAGGUGUCUGACAAAGAUUUCAAAACCCUCUGCCAUGUGGAGAUCCAUGUUAUUGAUAUCAAUGAUCAGAUCCCCAUCUUUGAAAAAUCAGAUUAUGGAAACCUGACUCUUGCUGAAGACACAGCUGUUGGGUCCACCAUCUUAACCAUCUGGGCCACAGACGGCGAUGAGCCAUUUACCGGGAGUUCUAAAAUCCUGUAUCGUAUACAGGGAGAUGAUGACGGGCCACUGGGGAUUGACACAGAUCCCCAAACCAACGUUGGAUAUGUCAUAAUUAAAAAGCCUCUUGAUUUUGAAACAGCACCUGUUCACAACAUUGUGUUCCAAGCGGAGAAUCCUGAGCCUCUGGUGCCUGGUAUAUAUUAUAACACCAGCUCUUCUGCCACGUUCAAGCUCAUUGUGACAGAUGUGAAUGAAGCCCCCCAAUUUUCCCAGCGUGUGUACCAAGCAAGAGUUAAGGAAGAUGUGGCUAUAGGCACUAUAGUGGGCAACGUGACUGCCAAGGAUCCGGAAAACCUGGGCAUAAGUUAUUCUCUGAGAGGCGACCCGAGAGGCUGGCUUAAAAUCGACCCCGUCACUGGCACCAUCUUCACCGCGGCUCCGCUGGACAGGGAAGCUGAAAGUCUGUAUCGGGUGCAAGUGGUGGCAACCGAAGUAGGUGGCUACUCCCGGGAGUCCACAGCCAACUUCCACCUGACGCUCUGGGAUGUCAAUGACAACCCCCCUCGGCUAGCCAAGGACUACACAGGCUUGUUUCUGUGUCAUCCCCUCCACCAGGAGGGGACUCUCAUUUUUGAGGUCACUGAUGACGAUCAGCCAUCAUUGCUGCAUCAACACGUUUCGUUUUCCCUCGGCAGUGAAAGCUUCCGACAUGACUGGAAUGUUUUGAGACUCAACGACACUCAUGGCAAACUUACUGCCACGGGCAAGAACUUUGAAGAGAGAGUUUACAAUGUCCCAAUCCGUGUCACUGAUGGUGGUAGGCCACCCUUGGAAGGACUGGUCUUUUUACCAGUUACUUUCUGCAGGUGUGUGGAAGGAACGUGUUUUCGGCCCGCAGCUCACCAGUCUGGGAUGCCCACUGUGGGCAUGGCAGUUGGUAUACUCCUGACCACAUUUUUGGUUAUUGGUAUAAUUUUAGCAGUUGUGUUUAUCCGAAUAAAGAAGAAUGAAGGCAAAGAUAAUGUUGAAAGUGCUCAGGCAUCCGAAGCCCAGCCUCUGAGAAACUGAAUUUGAACAGGGAAAGAUGGACUGAUGAACUAUUCUGUUCGUUUUCUCCUUAUCAAGAUUUAUCAGUCAUCCACCACAGAACUUCCUGGAUUCCAUUCAUACUUUCUCCAAUUCUAUCUUAUGUCUCCUUCCUCAUGUCUCAUUUGGUAUUAUACUAAUUUUAAGACAUUUGUUGGAGAAAAGAACAAAGUGAGGUCCUGGGAAAAAAUAAAACAGGAGCCCCGUUCCUUGGUGGGAAGAGACA